CGGACACCAACCAAAAUGAUAUUUUAUCGGCAUUGUCAGAAAAUAGAAGUGGCUAAUUAAUUCUAAGAUGCUUAAAUAGAGCUUGGCGCUAGUGGUCGACGGUCCCAUGAAAAAGAUCCAUGGUGGCCGCUUUCAUACUUCUCUCUGGGUUAAUUGAUAAUCGACAAGUGGUAAUGAAGAAUACUGUGCUUUCAUUUUUAGUUUCCAGUUACAUGUGGAUCGGAUUCACGUGUUUAUUCGUGUAGUGAGGUUAGGAUCCAGACAUGGUCGCGAAAAUCAACAAACAAAAUGCAAGAGGCUUUAAAACGUUGUGGAUUCGCUUCGACGCGGAUAGCUCCGACAAGCACCAGCUAUUCUUCAAGGAGCACUCCGUGAGAAAUCAGGAGCCUGAAUAUCCUAAGAAUCAAACCCUCUUUGUAUUGAAUGUACCGCCGUAUGCAACCGUCGACUGCCUAAAACAUGAAUUUGCUAAACUCUGUGGAAGUGUACGAUCAGUUACAUUUUCAAAUGCAAAAGGUUUCAAAAAUGCAUAUGUCGUUUUCAAGAAGGAAUCUUCCUUGGACAAGGCAAUGGAGCUCUCGAAGGAUUGUGUAAUUACAUUGAACAAUAACGAAAAUGUAUGCUGCACAGGACUGGAAAAAUGGUGUAAGGAAUAUAAUGAUGCCUUAUGCGAUGAACAAUUGUUAAAAAAGGAGAUAGAGGAAUAUGUGGCUUCCUAUGACAAACAAGUAAAGGAUCGAAUCGCGCAAGAGAAAGCUGCAAAAGAAGAUGAUGAAGGUUGGGUGACUGUAACAAGUGGAAAGAAAAGAGGACAAUUUGCUCCAUCCAGAAAGGAAUCGACCAUUGGCAAAGUACAACAGAAAGAGGAGCAACGCAAAAAGAAAAAGCAAUUACUUAAUUUCUAUACAUUUCAAAUUCGUGAAACUAAAAAGCAAAAUCUGGCGGAGUUACGAAAAAAAUUUGAACUAGACAAAAAGAGACUGCAGGAAUUAAAACAGAAACGGACAUUUAAGCCAUUUUAGGUAUGUCAGUCAUGUGAAUUAAUAUAUAAUUAUUAAAACUAUUGAAAACUGUUAUUAGGUUUAUUUAAUUUUUUAUAAAAUAGAUGUAUAGUUAUUUCAUGGAUGUAUUUUUUUAUUAUGUACAAAUAAUGAUAAAUGAAUGAGCUAGAAUAUCGACGAUCAAC